AUGAAGUGCGCCGUGGCGUUGCUCGCGGCCGUGAUGGUGUCCGUGUCUGCGCUGCACGCCGGCGCGCAUCGGCCGCUCGUCAAGCCGUCCCACGCAACGACGCUGCAGAUGACCGGCACAUUGCCGCCUACGCCACAGGCCAAGCGCACCGCCAACCUCACCGCGAUCCUGACCCUGGACGGGCCCUUCCGCACCUUCCUCGGCUACCUGCAGCAGACCAACCUCGUGGAAGUGUUCCAGAGCCAGGCGUACCUGACGGACCAGGGCAUCACCAUCUUCGUCCCCGUCGACAGGGCCUUCGCCGCCGUCAAGCCGCCGGGGCUGUCGGAUCUCUCCGUACAGCAGCUCAAGAACCUGAUGAUGUACCACUCGCUGCCCAAGCACUACGAGCUCGCGGACUUCGAGCGGCUGAGCCAGACCAGGCCGGUGACGACGCUUGCCGGCGGGCUGUACACGGUGAACGUGACCUACGACGCGGGCACCGUCCACGUGCACUCCACGUGGGCCCACGCCAAGAUCGUCGGGAGCGUGUCCGUGGACGCGCCCAUGGCGAUAUACGAGCUCGACCGGGUGCUGCUCCCGGACACGCUCUUCCACGCCCAGCCGCCCGGUGGUGAGCCCUUGACGGAGCCGGAUCCGGUUGUAACGGCGCAGUACGGCUCGCCGGGAGUGGCGGACGCCCCAGUCUCGGCGUGCGGAGACGACGACGGUCGGGUCGCGUGCUAUGCGGCCGCCGCGGCUCUCGGUGCAGUGAUGGCGCUGGUCGCAUUGUGA